GAAAGGCGACUGGAGAGGAGGCUUGAUGCAACACAACAGGAAGGGUCUUCCGGGACCAUUCAACAUAUGACACCUUUUUGCAGAUUCAUUACGAACUGAUUUGGAGGCCAAUCUUGGCUAAAAAGUGAAGUACGAGACUUUCUGGAAAGGAUUUUGAUUUAUUUUGUUUGUUUUCAUAAUUCAUACACCACUGAAUGUCUCAGUUUCUAAGUGGAGGUGGCUCUUGCUUGUCAGGAGAAGGGGAAUAAAUUUCCACUUAUUCUCCUUUCAGCCCUUAUGUGCUCCCUUCCAAUGCUGUUCUGGAGGGUCAUGAAACCAGCCACAAUAGGAUGUAAUAAUUUGUGAUGGCCUUGCGUUUGACAUUCACGUAUCAUAUAGUAGCUCCGUCAUCUGUAUUCUUGAGGUGCUUUGUGAGGCCAUACAUUGCUAAUAUAACAGUUUGAGAUAGCAACUGGCUCGUGGAAGGGGGAAUCAAAAGCAAGCACGUACAUCUAAACCCACAAUUUGAUGACUGAAAUUGCAUCCCACUCCUAUGAGCUGCAUUACUGCCACUGUGGCUCGUAAGCUCCUGGUGGGGGAAGAUGGCUCGUCUCUUUGCACUGGGAUUGGUCCGGUUUUCGUUGGCAAAGUUCCUCUGGCACUUCCUCCCCAGCCCAUGGCCAACAUAGGAUUCUUUGUGUUUCAGCUGCACUUUCAACCAACCCGUAAGAUUGGAAACCUGUAUAAUUAAUGGGGAUCUGUUGUUUUUCAUCCCUGCACAAAAUCUGCUGAAUGUGAUGUUGAGCAUGACUUAACUGCAGCAGGAGACAGGCGUUUAAAAACGCCUGGCAAAUAAAGCCAAAGGGCUCCCUCUGAAGUUCCCCCAGCUCUUUAAAAGUGAUGGAAUGUUGCCCUCGCAACUCCCUAUUGGUCAGAGAGGUUCUCUUCCCCACCCUCCAAAAUUGCAUCCUAAUGUGUUUUUAUACAUAUAUAAUAGAGAGCUGUUCCUUAACCUGUUCCUUUUAUGUAAGGCAGGGAGAGCGAGGUGCCUGGGAGAGAAGAAAAUGCCCCACACUGUUGGCAUGCUGAUGUUUCUGCUGUGUCUUGGAUUCACCUUCCCGAUGAUUGCGAAGGGAAUUUUUAUGGACAAGCUGGCAAGCAAGAAGUUGUGUGCCGAUCAGGAGUGCUUAUAUGCCAUCUCCCUGGCAAGGGCGGAAGACGAUUACAACGCGCCAGACUGCCGAUUCAUUAACGUCAAAAAGGGGCAACUGAUCUACAUUUACUCAAAGCUAGUGCAAGAAAGAGGAGCUGGAGAAUUCUGGGCUGGGAGUGUUUAUGCAGAGCACUACGAGGACCAGAUGGGCACUGUUGGAUAUUUCCCCAGGAAUUUAGUCACAGAGCAGCACAUCUAUCAGGAAGCAAACGAGACAGUUUCCACGAAGGCCAUCGAUUUCUUCUGUGAAUAGAAGUCUGUAAAGCGGUCAACCAGCACAGUUAAGGAAAGGAAGUAUAGACGCGCUGAGCAAAAGAAGAUCUUCCGCCUUUCCUGUUGUAGAUUCAAGGAAAAACAGAAAGUCUCUUUUUCCUAAACACCUUUUUUUUCAAUAGAAAGGGAAGAAAAACACAUAAAUAGGACUAAUAUGUAAUUUUUAUUUACUUUGCUAGUGAUUUUAACCAAUGCCCCAAACUGCUAUUGCCUUUUAAAUAACAGUAUUCUCUUUGUUACUUUUCAGAGCAAUAAAUGCUAAAUAUUAUAGGCAGGUGCCUACCACCUGUGCUUCGUCCAUUUGCCUGAGCCUGUUGUUUCCUCUAUUGCCGUGGUUCCCAACGUGGGGCACGUGCUCCACAGGGGGGUAAUUUGAUUUUCAAGGGGGCCAAUUCGAGAAUGAGAUAUUAACAGUGAAUGGCC